AGCCUUUAUCCAGCCUGAGAACCAUCCCCACUAGGAAGCAUGGCUGCUCUCGCCACGGGUUUCUGUCUCUCUUCAGUCCUGUUGGUUAUAUGGGUUGGCGUCUGUUCUCCAGUCUGUGUGGAAGUCCCGUCAGAGACGGAGGCUGUCCAAGGAAGUCACAUGAAGCUACUCUGUAUCUCCUGCAUGAAGAGAGAAGAGGUUUCUGCAAACACUGUGGUGGAAUGGUUCUACAAGACUGAAGGGGGGAAAGAUGAGCUGAUCUAUGAAUACAGAAAAGUAUACCAUGAAUUUCCAAGCCGCUUCAGUGGCCGGCUACAGUGGAACGGGAGCAAAGACAUGCAGGACGUGUCCAUCACUGUAUUAAAUGUGACCUUGAAUGAUUCGGGGAUCUACACCUGUAACGUCACCCGGGAGUUUGACUUUGAGAUUCAUCGCCCACUCUUCACAAGCUCCAGAUUGAUCCAUCUCACUGUGGUAGAGGAGGCUGGAGAAGAUUUCACAUCUGUCAUCUCUGAAAUUAUGAUGUAUAUUCUCCUGGUUUUCCUCACCUUGUGGCUGCUGAUAGAAAUGGUCUAUUGCUACAGGAAGGUCUCCAAAGCAGAGGAGACUGUACAGGAAAAUGCGACUGACUACCUUGCCAUUCCGUCGGAAAACAAGGAAAACUGCGCUGUGCCCGUGGAGGAGUAGCCAAGAGCAGAUGGGCCAUGACCUGCAAUAAGGAACUCUGAAGUUGGAAGGACCAAGUCACUCCAGCCAGGUUUGGGAAAACUCUACAGCACCAGGAGGAAAUGAGGCAAAGUGUAAAUUCUCUUCCACUUGCCUUGGACAUUGCACAGCCUUGACUUCAGCUUCAUGACUCCAUUUGCUAAAGGAUUCUCCUUUGAAGCAUGCUGAGGAAAAGGGGUUGGGGUGUGGGUGGCACUGCUCCUUCCUAAGUUUUGCCCCCCACUCUCAUCCAGUGGCCUUGUAAAUACUAGUAUCAUUUAUUACCCUCACCAUAUUCCUUUGCAAAAUAUGCUAAUUCGACACUGCAGCAUUGAGGGGUAUGUCACAUUACCCUGACCCACAUGGCCAUCAGCAAGGUCAUUUUAGCAUAGUGCUCAACCUUUUGAUAAAGCCUGAACAGUCACUUUAAUUAAAAAUAUCAUCAUCCUGCUCCACCCCAGUGCUUGCUAUUUACCAUUCAAAUGCUUGCUCUCCAUGCCGCCCUGGACUGUAGGCUGCUGUUGCAAACAUAGGACAAGGAUAUGGAGAAGCAGAAGGUUCAUAGCAGCUUAGAGCUGCAAAAAAAUGUACAUCAGCACUCAGCAUGCAGAGAAUUAGUGGGCAGCAAUCUACAUGCACUAGCUUGCCAUGCACCCCCUGCUGCAUACAAGUUCCAUAGUGUGCUUUGACCUGCUGCAGAACAUUUAGCACACAGUAGCAGGUUUCACACAGCCAGUUAGCCUGUGGCAAGCUCAUGGGAUGUAGAUUUACGGCCCAGCUUGCCACACACUAACCCUUAAUAGCCAUGUCCUCAGGCUGUACCACUGCUACCUUGGGAUUCCCUGCUAUAAACUGCAACGAUUCCAAGAAGUGAUGUUUGUUUCAUUUGGCAACUAUUUGUCAGAGUUCUAGCUGUCUCUAUUAGCCUUGCUCUGUUAACUUACACAGUAGAUAGUGUUUGCUUAUCAUGGAAAUAACCUCUAUCAACUAGUGUCUUGCAACAACCACAGGAGAGCAUCCCUGGGAGACGGAUACUCCCUGAAAUUAGCAAAGUGUCCUCAAACGGAAGAGAGUUAAAGGCCGGAGCUCCUGAAGGGAGAGGAGAGAGAGAGAGUCUGGUUUAGGUAAGCAAGCGAAUGAAAUGGACUGCUUAUUCCCAAAUGGGAAAAUGAUGAGGCAGCUUUGGAAUUUGUGAAGCUUUUUAUAACUAAUUGAAAGUCAGUGGGACAGUUGCACCACCUAGAGUCAAACAGUGGUUAUUUUCUCCCAUAGCCCUUAAUAAUGUAUUAUUUCUUGUGAUAAUUAUUCUCCAUGCUGAAUACUCGGUGUUAGUCUGAUGUGACCUAUUAUUGCAGAGCAAUUCUCAUGUAAAUUAAGUUUCACUUAUAAACACAGUACUGUACUAACACAGUAUAUAAAUAGCUGCAGAUACAGUAGCAAGGUGGGGGGUUUGGCUUUAUUAUAUGUAAAACAUUUAAGCAUGGUGAUUGUGGUUUCUCAUUCAGAGAAGCAUUAGUCUUAGAAUCUGAGAUUAUUGGGGAAAGCAUUUGUCUAUAUGUAGAAGUGGCA